AUGCCUGCGAGAAACAGGUACAAUCUUGUGGACGAUGUGGCGGACUCGAGGGUGCCUCUCCACAACGACGAGGCUUACCAGCAUGGCAUACAUUUCCAAGCCAAGUAUGUGGGGAGUCUUGAUGUCCCCAGGCCCAACAGCCGGAUGGAAAUCGUGGCAGCCAUGAGAAGGAUUAGGUAUGAGUUCAAGGCAAAGAACAUCAAGAAGAAGAAGGUCAGCAUUGUGGUGUCUGCAGAUGGGGUCAAGGUGAUGCUGAGGAAAAAACAGAAGAGGAAAGAGUGGACCUGGGAUGAGAGCAAGAUGCUGAUCAUGCAUGACCCAAUAUACAGGAUUUUUUACGUGUCCCAUGACUCUCAAGACUUAAAGAUCUUCAGUUACAUCGCUAGAGAUGGCUCCAGUAAUUCCUUUAGGUGUAACGUCUUCAAAUCGAAGAAGAAGACCCAGGCUAUGCGUAUUGUGCGGACAGUCGGUCAGGCCUUUGAGGUGUGUCACAAGAUCAGUUUGCAGCAUGCUGAGCAGGAUGCAGAUGGACAGGCAGAUGGAGAGAGCGACAGAUCCACAGAGGAGGCGCUCAGUAAUGGCCGUAAACUGCUAGGGGCGGAGCAAGGGGAGGAAGAGGAGGGCAGAGAAGAAGGGGGGGGAAGACGAGUAAGAGAAGCAGAACCCUCGGCCGGGGCGUCGCUAUGCGAGCAGGCAGUCAGUGAAGUCUUAAAGAGUCUGGCUGAACUCAACAUGGUCAAACCUGGACAGACUAUCAUAGAUGUUGAUCGGAGGUCAGUCUUCACAGUGACACCUCAGGGCGUUUCUCCCAGCAGCCCGUGCUCUCUGUCUCUCACGCCAUUGACAUCUCAACACUACCUCCAGCUCCUCCAGCACCAGCUACAGCAGCAACAGCAGCACACACAGGUGGCCGUUGCGCAGGUUCAGCUGCUGAAGGACCAGAUGGCAGCGGAGACUGCUGCCCGCAUGGAGGCUCAGGCCCGGGUGCACCAGCUGCUUUUACAGAACAGAGACUUGCUACAACACCUGGCUCUGCUCGUGCAGCAACUCAAAGAGCUGGAAGCCCAAUCCCCACAGCCAACUCAACCAGAUCCACCAUGGCAGGACCCCCGGGCUAAUGGACAUGCACAGAAUGGCCAAGAACCAGUAUGGAGAUCAGUCUCUGCAUCAACAAAGUCUCUGUCCCUGAAUCUGAAGAACCACUACAGCCAGAGCCUGGACCAGCCCAUCACCUCCACCCCCGCAUGGCCGCUCCAAAACACCCCUGCCCCCCCAGCCCAGGUGGACUAUUGCGAGUCCUAUCUCAACCUGCUGAACUUGGAGAAUGGGAUCACCCUGCCUGCUUCAGUAAACAGGGAGCUGGACCCCUUCAUCAGAACCAAUGGGAAAGCAGAGAAGAAGGAGGGGUCGGAAGUGAACGGCAAUGAGAUUGUCCCACUGUCACCAAGAAAUUCUGCAAACAUGGAUGGAAAGUGUAAACAGAUCAUCCCAAAGCUGGACCCUCCUCCGCCGUCCAUGAACCGCAAGCGAGCCAGCCGGACCAUGUCUCCCGGGUCAGAACCCGCCGCCGUCCCCGUGCUUGGAGAGGUCAGCGGCAACGACGUGGCUCCCAGCCACAGCAGCAGUCUGUCCUUCCCAGACAUCACCCCCUGCUCCCUCUCGUCUGCCGACUUCCACUCCCUCAGCAAUGGAGAGAGCGGCUCCUGCUCCGCCAGCGAAGACUCGGGGGUGCGCUCCGAGACCAAGUCCCUACUCUCGCCGCUGCGCGACGACGAUGACCUGUUUGGGGAUCGGGUGACGUUCUUGACAGCCUCGAGCGGCUGCGACAGUCCCCCAGAAUACGGGGGUGAAAUGGAUCCGUCCUCUUCGGCGACGUGUCCCGCUGCGCCCCCCGACAUCACCACGCAAUCGGAUAACUACGACCACUCGCUGUCCUUCUCCUCGCCUAUUAAUGAUACCUGCCUGCACAUCAGCUUCUCUGACGAUGAACUGCUGGACAGCAGCCAAGAAGACCCCGGCGUCCCCCAGCGGAGCUAG